AUGCCUUCAAGUUCUGCGACAUCGUCCACCGCGGCAGCUAAGAAAAAGCGGAGCGCCAUGCUUCCCUCGGUGAAGUUUGGUGGAGUAAAACUGCGAAUUUGCGAGUCAAACUUCAACGAAGCACGCAUUGACAAAAUCAAAAGACAAAACGAAAAGUUGGAACGCGAACUUGCGGAUGGCGUCUUGCCAAUGCAGUUUUCUCCUCAAGAGCGUCUCGAUAUGACCGAAAAAGCUAUCAGCAAUAUGAAUGAUCGUUUGAAACUGUUGACGAAAAUACAAACUAAUAAGAAAAUUAAGAAGCGUAUCGAGGAGAGCAAUGAUACGGAAGAAGACAAAGUCUUUAAGAAUAUCGGAAUGUACUGCGAUGAAGUGAAGCGUCAUAUCGAACUGCAAGAGCGUAUGAAAGUAAUUUGUAAAACUGUUGUUGAUGGAGUUGAGGCGGAUAUGAAAGAGUUCCAAUUUGAAGACUAUUUGUCUAUUUCGGACCGAAUUUUCCACGCGAUGGUUGCCUUACUUGAAGAGCAGCGUUUGAAUCAGUUUGCGGGAAAUCUAAUGCCCGCGGAGCCAGUAGCGCCAGCGGAGCCGGAAAGACAUAUCGUUGAGCUACUGCCAGCGGAGGAACCAGAAGAUCAGCGUCUGAAUUUUGUGGAGAUCUCGGCUGAUGUAGACCCCGUAAUUGCACAAGAGCCUGUUCCAUUAGCGGGGCGUGAGGCUGUGGUGGAGCUCAUGUUUUAA